CAUCUUGAUAUAUGAGGAAUAUUUGAGAGCGAUAUAUUUAUUUUGACCAACUUAUUAAAACAUUUCAGGGAACAAAUGCUUCCUAUACUCUGAAACAGUUCCUACAUCAGUUAUAAAGUUUAGCUGAACAAGCAUGGUAUGGGCUUGUUGUCCCCCAAUAUUAAAUUUGGGAGGGGACUACGGAUCUGUCUCUGUCUGUCCGUUCAUAAGUUUGUUUGUACGUAGGUAAAAAAAUAAAUCUGAGAGCACUGGGCUGAUUUUGACAAAACUUGGGUGAAUGAUUCGUCUUGCCAUAGAGAUCCAACAUUUACAAAAUUACACUGAUUUGCCCAAUGUGGGAGCUAUGGCAAUUAACUGCAAUUUGUUAGUCACACGCAAUAUCUAAAUUGGCCCAAAUCAAAUCAAAUGUUAUUUGUCAGAUGCGCAGGUGUCACCUUACAGUGAAAUGCUUACUUACGAGCCCUUAAACUUUAACCUUAACCAACAAUGCAGUUUUAAGAAAAUAACCCCCCAAAAAUGUAAAAAAAAGUACGAGAUAAGAAUAACAAAUAAUAGCAGCAGCAUAAUGUAAAAACAAACAAAAUAGCUUGGUUGGUUGAGAGACGAUAAGACGGCAGCCCUUCCCGCCGGCGCCAUCGUGAAAUAAAUAGUGGAUACUGCAUCAUUCGUGGGGGACGACAUGUUUACUGUUGCCUUGUUUUCACAUGGUUGACUUCAGCCUCCUAUUGUUCUGUUUUGAAUUCAAAAGUAUGAUGUUAGUAUGAUGUUUAAUGUGAGGUGAGUAGACUGUUGAGUGUAGUGUUUUACAUCAAGCUGUCUCUUCAUCUUCAAUACGCUGAUUGACACAUCUGGCAUUGGGUACUGAAAUGUUUAAUGUAGGUGACUGGUCUAUCUCAGGCAAAAAACAGGCUUUGUUCAGUCACUUUACCAACUUCGUUAUCCUUAAUUUAAAUGUAAUGCAUAAACAGGAAUGUUACCAACAAACAAACAUUUAACUGGCUCCAACUUCUGCUCCUCUGUGUGCAGCGAUAGACCCUGCAGCAGCUGAACAGGUGGGGAGGGACUCAACUCUCUCACUCUCGUUCGCUUUCUGUGCCUUCUGCCUGCAGACAUAAAUGUUAAUAAAUCCCAAAUAAUGAAGUUGAUAUAAUUCCUCACGUAUAUUUAUCUGUUUAAAUCGAAUUAUUUGUGCACAUUAGGUACCUCCCUACUAGGGACAUGAUUGGCUGGAAUGAUAUUUCAGAGUGAUUGCAGAGUGAAGGACAGUCAAAGAAGCUGGAUCUUCUCUCUGAACAUUUUACAUACUGAUAGCUGACAGUGUGAUGACAAUUUCACCAAAUAAAAAAAUACAUCUGACGUAAUGCAGCUUUAAAAUGGAAGCUUACUGGUCAUUAUUUGUAGUUGAUCGGUAUAUUUUUUUGUAUUCACAUUGUUCACUUUAGCCUGCUAUUGUUUUUGUUUUCACAUGGUGGACGUUGGCCUGCUCUGCUGAUCCUGUGUAACAUGUGUUCAGAUAUUUCAAAGCAGCAACUUUUUUUGGAAAGGUUACGUGACGCACACCCACACUCAACAUGGCAACCACACUGCAUUUGAUCGGUGGUGGAGGAGGCAGUUCAUUUGAAUUCCACGGCAUGGACAACGGUGCCACCCUCAAGAAGAUUGGAGUGGCGGUGGAAGGCUGGCAGAUCAAAGCUGUGCGGGUGGAGCUGACCGACGGGCGCGUUGCGACCUUUGGAAAUUCGCACACUUUCAGUGAGUUUGAGUUUGACCUCGGCGAGCGCAUCACCAAGCUGUCGCUGUGGGGUAACGGCGCCGGCACACGUCUGGGUGCCAUCAAGUUCACAACGAGUAAGAACCGGCAGUUUUUUGAAAAAAUGACCAGCUGGCCACUGAAGACUGAGUACACCAUAGAUGUGGGGUCCGGAAUCUGCCUGGGGCUGCAGGGCAGGUCUGGCUCGGACAUCGACUGCAUGGGCUUCCUCUUCAUCAACACCGUCAAGUCGUCCGUAAUGACUGACAUGGAGUAUCCCACCCUGUCCCUCUUCAAACCCCAGGUGACCCCAGAAUAUGUGAAAUCCGUGUCCCACCACAAUGACACCUCAUUGGUUCAAGAAGAGUCCAUUACAUACAGCAAGACCCUGACCAAGACUUCCUCCUGGUCCGUCAGGAACAAGAUAGAAUCCACAUUGAAUGUGUCGGUCAAAGCAGGGAUCCCGGAUCUGGUCGAGGUGUCAUCAGGGUUCAGCUUGACCGUGGGAGUGGAGCAUUCCACCAGCUUGGAGAAGACAGAGACCAUAACAGAAUCAGAUACCAUCAACCUGAAGAUCCCGCCAGGGAAGACCAUGGAUGUUGAGAUCACAGUGGGGAGAGCAAAUAUCGACCUCGACUACAGGGCCACAGUGAAAGUCACCUGCAUGAAUGGCAGUCAGCUGGUCUUCCCAUCCAACGGCAUCUACACUGGUGUGACUUACACUUCAGCGAGGGUAUCCACAAAGGAGAGAUGAGACAAGUGUAUGACAUCAUGAAUAGUAUGCACAGUGAUAGAAUAUGACACCAUGACUAAUUCUUUGUGUGCCUUCUCUGUUAUUAUGAUAAUCUUUGAGUGAUUCUGAUUGAACCCAGUUGAUUCAGCUCUUCUGUUAUUAUGAUAAUCUUUGAGUGAUUCUGAUUGAACCCAGUUGAUUCAGCUCUUCUGUUAUUAUGAUAAUCUUUGAGUGAUUCUGAUUGAACCCAGUUGAUUCAGCUCUUCUGUUAUUAUGAUAAUCUUUGAGUGAUUCUGAUUGAACCCAGUUGAUUCAGCUCUUCUGUUAUUAUGAUAAUCUUUGAGUGAUUCUGAUUGAACCCAGUUGAUUCAGCUCUUCUGUUAUUAUGAUAAUCUUUGAGUGAUUCUGAUUGAACCCAGUUGAUUCAGCUCUUCUGUUAUUAUGAUAAUCUUUGAGUGAUUCUGAUUGAACCCAGUUGAUUCAGCUCUUCUGUUAUUAUGAUAAUCUUUGAGUGAUUCUGAUUGAACCCAGUUGAUUCAGCUCUUCUGUUAUUAUGAUAAUCUUUGAGUGAUUCUGAUUGAACCCAGUUGAUUCAGCUCUUCUGUUAUUAUGAUAAUCUUUGAGUGAUUCUGAUUGAACCCAGUUGAUUCAGCUCUUCUGUUAUUAUGAUAAUCUUUGAGUGAUUCUGAUUGAACCCAGUUGAUUCAGCUCUUCUGUUAUUAUGAUAAUCUUUGAGUGAUUCUUAUUGAACCCAGUUGAUUCAGCUCUUCUGUUAUUAUGAUAAUCUUUGAGUGAUUCUGAUUGAACCCAGUUGAUUCAGCUCUUUCUGUUAUUAUGAUAAUCUUUGAGUGAUUCUGAUUGAACCCAGUUGAUUCAGCUCUUCUGUUAUUAUGAUAAUCUUUGAGUGAUUCUAAUUGAACCCAGUUGAUUCAGCUCUUCUGUUAUUAUGAUAAUCUUUGAGUGAUUCUGAUUGAACCCAGUUGAUUCAGCUCUUCUGUUAUUAUGAUAAUCUUUGAGUGAUUCUUAUUGAACCCAGUUGAUUCAGCUCUUCUGUCUCAGCAGAUGGUAUAACAACAGAUGUGUGAUUCCUGCAAUCCGUUGCCUUUUGUGUCCAAUUACAUUUUAACACGUGUUGUGUGAAUUAUUGAACAACAUUCACUACAGAACAAUGUUAUGUAACUAUAAUUCAUUUCAUUUAUAAUAAACCAUUUGUCUGGUGUGUCAGUAAGCUUG